AUGUUUUAUCACAAACUAAAAUGUUUACUUUUUUUGAAGCUCUUUGCUAGCAAAGUUUAUUGUGUCGAAAACUGCUCAAACCUUUCUCCGGAAUCUCUACUGAUUGGACACUACUGUUUAUCUACUUGCGAUCAUGUGUGUACUCAGCGAGUUUCUUUUCCUGGGACCAUAAACUGCGAAGGUGGCAGGGGGCGUCUAAUUUGUAUGUCGACGAAUCUCACACCUCACGGGUACCCUCUCUGUGAAGUUCUCAACCUCGAGUACUGCAAAUCUAACAUGUGUGCCUGCUGGUAG